AUGGUGGUAUUCAACGCAACUGCCAUAAACGUGAGCGACUCAAUUGAUACAGUGAUUAAUGAGGGAUUUGUCCCCGAUGCCGUCAUUUACGCGAUGUACGGUAUCUGCAUCUUUUUAAUUGUCUUCGGCAACUUACUGGUUAUCGUCGCUGUCAUUCUUGAACCAAAGCUGCGGGUGUCGUCGACUAAUAUACUAAUCGUGUCGCUAGCAUUCUCGGAUCUUCUUGUUGGCUCCUACUACAUCCCGUCAUUAAUCAUGUGGUCGGAAGCGUUGUACUUGAUGGUAAACCCAGUCAUAUGCAACAUAGAUGGAUUGAUUCAACUCACCAGUACGGGAUCUAGCGUUUUCACUUUGAUAGCUAUCGCGGCCGAUCGCUUCAGAGCGAUCGUCACGCCUUUGAAGCCGAAAAUCACACGGACACAGGCUGUUAUAAUGGUAGCUGUAGCGUGGACUUGCGCGAUUACGUACGCGUUGUAUAUACCAAUUACUUGGGAGUAUCAAAUUUACGUAUACCACGUUGGGAACGUAACACACGAGAUUCCGUUCUGUUUUUUCCUCAAAAAAUACGAACCACUGUUUAAACCGCUCCGUUUAUGCGAUUUCGUAGUUUUGUUCCUGAUUCCUCUGUGUAUUCUUAUUUGUCUAUAUGUACCUAUGAUCUACAAACUAUGGUUCGAUAAACAACCCACCAGUACAACCGGUGGUAGAAAAAAACGAGCCAUAAAGAUGCUUUCGAUAGUUGUUAUCGUGUUCUUUUUAUUGUGGUUACCAUUCUAUAGUCUGUACUUUUAUUCUUUCUAUGGGAACUUGGACCACCCAACGAUCAACAUUCGUGCGUUCGGACUGGCCGCUAUAUGUCUGAAUUUCUCAAACAGCUGGGUCAACCCUAUAAUAUACGGAUGUUUCAAUGAGAAUUUCCGAAACGCCUACAAGAAUACGGUUCUGUGUCGAAUAUGGAGCAUUUCAAGGAGGAUUCAUCCAAGCAUGGCGGACAAUACUGAUCGAAGUUCAGACUCCCGAUCACGCGGUCACGUGCCUAUAGCGACACGAAACACGUUACUAACUGUUGGCAAACAGACGACAUCGGCCAAUAGUUCCAUGGCACCGGCAGCUUCGCAGGUACCCUGCAGUUUUGUCAUGCACGCUGGAUCGACAAAUGCGUAG